AUGGGAACGAGUGGUUUAUUUGAUCUGGAGAGGCAUUUUGCCUUCUACGGCGCUUACCAUCGCAACCCAAUCAAUAUCGCCAUUCACAUGCUGUUCGUUUGGCCAAUCUUCUUCACGGCCCUCCUUAUUUUGUACUUCACGCCUUCUCUGUUCAACAUCCCUCUAAUCGAUCUUUCGCUGUUUGGGCACGAUCUAAUUCUGAUUUUGAAUGUGGGGUUCUUGUUGACUUUGAUUUACGCUGUAUUCUACGUCUGUUUGGAUGUGAAAGCUGGUUCUCUGGCUGCCUUGCUCUGUUUCAUUUGUUGGGUAGUCAGCAGUUAUCUAGGAGGCCGAAUGGACUUUUCAUUGGCUUGGAAGUUCCCCUCCUACAACGCUACCAAUCUCCAGGAAAUUUCUAUAUCAUCCCACCUUUACCUUGUUGUCCUCGGUGCUGCUGCUUUCAUUCUUGGGGCACUUGCUAUCACUGUUUUGAGAGGAAGGGGCUUUGUGGAGCUGCAGAGCUUGUUGCAUGAUAAGUUGAGAAGGUUACUUCAGAUGGCAUGCUCAUCUAGUGAUGUUGACUUGAGAAGGCCAACUUCCAUUCUAAAAGCUUUCUCAAUUUUGGAAGAUCUAGUUGUACUGGUAGCACAGGUGGCAUGUUGGACAGGACAGUUCAUAGGCCAUGGUGUAUUUGAGAAACGGGCCCCAGCUCUUCUAGACAAUCUUAGUCAAGCCUUUCUGAUGGCUCCGUUCUUUGUCCUACUGGAGGCUCUACAAAAAGUUUUUGCUUAUGAACCAUACCCAGGAUUCCAUGCAGCAGUUCGAGCCAGGAUAGAAGCUGAAAUUAAUGAUUGGGAAGAUAAGAAGCAGAAACUAAUUUCUUAA